AUGCUGCUCGCGGUUUGCUCGAGUCUCGCCGUCGGCUGGACCGCGCUUGGCCCACCUCCGUGCGCUUUUCGCCGUACGGCGGCGCCCAUCGCGGCGGCCGAGUGGAAGGACUGCGCCGGCUGCAAGCUGCUGCGACCGCCUGGCGAGCCGAGAGCGCUCGUGCACUUUCUCGGUGGAGCGUUUGUCUCGCCGGCGCCGCAGGUCGCGUACCGAUACCUGCUCGAGCAGCUGGCCGAUCGCGGCUACCUCGUCGUUGCCACACCGUACGCGGUCGACUUUGACUACACCAAGCCUGCCGCCGAUGUCAAGCGGAAGCUUGACGCCGCGCGGGCGGCGCUCGCCGCAGAGUCGUCGGCUGAGCUGCCGCUGGUGUCGCUGGGCCACUCGCUCGGCGCGCUGAUGCAAACUCUUCUAGCCUGCACGUACGCCGACUACGCCGACGCGUGCGCCGGCUCCGUCCUCGUCUCAUGGAACAACAAGCCAGUCAGCGACGCGAUCCCGCUCUUCGAGCAGCUCUUCGUGCCCGCGCUCGGCCCGCUCAACGGCCCGCUCGAGCAGGCGCCCGCCGUGGGGUGUCGGCACAGCGAGUUUACGCCCACGCCGGCCGAGGUCCGGUCGCUGAUACGCGAGCAGUAUCCCCCGCGGGCGCCGCUGGUAGUGCAGUUUGAGGUGGACAGCCUCGACGAGUCCUCCGACCUCGCCGCCGCACUGCCGCCCGCCGCCGCCGCGUCGCCGCUGCGCAUCGGAGGCACGCACGCUCGCGACGGCUCGCACGUGACGCCCCUCGCCAUCGACCCGGACGCGCCCACCUCGGCGCUGCUGCCGCUGCCAGACCCGUUCGGCCUCGGCGCGGGCGCGGCGGUGCGAGACGCGCUCGUGGCGGACGUGGAUCGGCUCGUCGACGAAGUUGACCGCCACUUUGAGGCGGCGGUCGCGGCGGCGGCGGAGGCGGCGGCGGCGGUCGCGGCGGCGGAGGCGGAGGCGGAGGCGGAGGCGGCGGCGGCGGCGGCGGCGGCGGAGGUAGCGGCGGCGGCCGAGGUGGCGGCGGACGCGGAGGCGGCGGACGCGGACGCGGACGCGGAGGUGGCAGCAGAA